GCGGGGCGGGCGGCCCGGGCUUGAUUAGGUAGGGGGCGGUGGAGCGCCGGCGGCGGCCGGAAGUAGCCGAAGCAAGCGGCGGAAGUAGCCGAAGCGGCCGGAGCGGGCGCGCGGCAAGGCGAGGCGAGAGCUCCACAGGGCCCUACGCGGCCGCUUCAGCAUGUCGGACUUCGACGAGUUCGAGCGGCAGCUCAACGAGAAUAAGCAAGAGCGUGACAAGGAGAACCGGCACCGGAAGCGCAGCCACAGCCGGUCUCGAAGCCGGGACCGCAAGCGCCGCAGCCGCAGCCGGGACCGGCGCAACCGGGACCAGCGCAGCGCUUCCCGGGACAGGCGGCGCCGAAGCAAACCUUUGACCAGAGGCGCUAAAGAGGAGCACGGUGGACUGAUUCGUUCCCCCCGCCACGAGAAGAAGAAGAAGGUCCGUAAAUAUUGGGACGUGCCACCGCCCGGCUUCGAGCACAUCACCCCCAUGCAGUACAAGGCCAUGCAAGCUGCCGGUCAGAUUCCAGCCACUGCCCUUCUCCCCACCAUGACCCCCGACGGUCUGGCUGUGACCCCGACGCCGGUGCCCGUGGUCGGUAGCCAGAUGACCAGACAGGCCCGGCGCCUCUACGUGGGCAACAUCCCCUUCGGCAUCACUGAGGAGGCCAUGAUGGAUUUCUUCAACGCCCAGAUGCGCCUGGGGGGGCUGACGCAGGCCCCCGGCAAUCCCGUCUUGGCAGUGCAGAUUAACCAGGACAAGAACUUUGCCUUCUUAGAGUUCCGCUCAGUGGACGAGACCACACAGGCCAUGGCCUUUGAUGGCAUCAUCUUCCAGGGCCAGUCGCUGAAGAUCCGCAGGCCUCACGACUACCAGCCCCUGCCUGGCAUGUCAGAGAACCCCUCUGUCUAUGUGCCUGGAGUCGUGUCCACCGUGGUCCCGGACUCUGCCCACAAGCUGUUCAUCGGGGGCUUACCCAACUACCUGAAUGACGACCAGGUAGACCCUUCGUCUCCUCCCGCCCCUCCCCCGUCACAGCCUUCGUCCAGACUCUCAUGGCGUCUUGGCCUGCCACAGGUAAAAGAGCUGCUGACAUCGUUUGGGCCUCUCAAGGCCUUCAACCUGGUUAAGGACAGUGCCACAGGGCUCUCCAAGGGCUACGCCUUCUGUGAGUACGUGGACAUCAACGUCACAGAUCAGGCCAUCGCAGGGCUGAACGGGAUGCAGCUGGGGGAUAAGAAGCUGCUUGUCCAGAGGGCAAGCGUGGGAGCCAAGAAUGCCACGCUGAGUACCAUCAACCAGACCCCCGUGACCUUGCAAGUGCCUGGCCUGAUGAGCUCCCAGGUGCAGAUGGGUGGUCACCCGACUGAGGUCCUGUGCCUCAUGAACAUGGUCCUGCCUGAGGAGCUGCUGGACGACGAGGAGUACGAGGAGAUCGUGGAGGACGUGCGUGACGAAUGCAGCAAGUACGGGCUCGUCAAGUCCAUUGAGAUCCCCCGGCCCGUGGACGGCGUGGAGGUGCCCGGCUGUGGAAAGAUCUUCGUGGAGUUCACCUCUGUGUUUGACUGCCAGAAAGCCAUGCAGGGCCUGACGGGUCGCAAGUUCGCGAACAGAGUGGUUGUCACAAAAUACUGUGACCCCGACUCUUACCACCGCCGGGACUUCUGGUAGAGGCGGUGGGGGAGGGCAGGGGCAGGGCUGGCUGGGGCUUCUCCCCCUCCAGCUCCCCCUCUUUUCCCCCUCUGAAGACGAUGGGCAGAGGAGUGACAGCCGAAUGACAGCCGGCAGCAACUGGAAUGGCAGCGAUUAAGGGUUGGGGGUGGGGGUUUGGGGCGGGGAGGGGACAGGGGAAGUGCGCACACAGACCCACACAGACACAUGCACCCACAGACACAGAGGGAAGGGGUGGGGAGGGGGUGCACAGCAGGGCGGGGUCGGACCCUCACGGCCCCUCCCCGGAAGUCUCUCUUCCCUUAUGCCCCCUUUCUCUCCCCUUCCCCACCGUAGAAACAUAGCGUGUUUAUAUUUUAUGGCCAAACUAUUUUGAAUUUUGUUGUCCGGCCCCGAUACCCUGCCCUCUCCCCUUUCAGGACCACAGCUCCUGUCCUUUUGGCCUCUGGUCCUCUCCACCGUGUCCUCCCUGGUUUCUUACAUAGUUGAUUCUCUCUUUAGUCUCCCCAGACCUGCCCCCCACCCCGUGGCCCCUGUCCCUCUCCUACUCUCUGUGGCAGUUUCAUAUUUGCUAAGACGAAUUUGCUCAUUAAACAUUUUGUUGUAUUUUA